GAGAAGGAAACGGGUGGCGAAUGUCAAACCAGACACGUUCUGGAAGUUGCGAUAUGUAACUAGGAACUAAGUACAACGCUCGACAACACAGCACGCGUAUGGCAGAACUAGAGAGAUGAUACCUGAGAUUUCCACUCACCUGUUUUGAACCUCAGAAAAACCACCAAACCUUCCCCCACCCAACACUUUCACUAAUGCUAAUCUGCCUUAGAUCCAUCAUCAACUCUUCUCUGGUGUUGAUCUAGACCACCACCAAACACCCACCAUGUCAAAUCCCACUGACCCCAGAGAGGAGAUCCUAGACUGGCUGACCAGCCUGCGUCUGCCCCAGUACGCUGACGGAUUUCACCUGGGGGGCUUCCAGUGCCUGGAAGACUGCAGGGGGCUCACUGAAAAUUGCCUCCUGGAGCUCCGAGUGUUCCCUACAGGCCACCGUAGACGGAUCCUACGUAGUUUGGAAGCCCUAAGAUUGGCGGUGGAAGAGCCGGGGGAAGGGGAAAAGGACGGGGAAAAUAGAAAGCCCCUCCCCCAACCCAGACACAUCUUCAUGACAAAUAAGAAAAGGGUGACUUCCUGCCAGCCUAGUGAGAGGGUAGAGCAGGCAAGAUGGGAGGGGAGGCAGACCCUACACCCUGGGGCUGGCUUAGGGAUUGAAGAGACAGAAGAGGAGAACACUAACACUUCUAUAAAGGGGUCUCUGAGACCACCACGGCCGACACCGCGUGACCCUCGUAACGUACGCACCACUUCCUCAGCUUCGAACUCCACAUCUGGCAGCUGUGACUCCCUCUCUGUCUCCUCCCACUCUGGAGAGGUACCCUCUGAUUGUGAGAUCUCCUCUGAGGAGCCCUCCCCUUCCUCUACAGACCUCUCUCCCGGGCCUGACCACGUCCUCUCUGGGAAAAACCACGAGGUUUACCAGGGGAAGAUGGUGGAUAAUGUGAUCUAUGAGAGGGGCCCCAGCUUGAAGACACCAGCCAAGGGCCCCCGGCCCACCCGUUCCUACAGACUGAGGCACCGGCCGGUCCCUGGGAUUCCUGACCAAGUCAUCCUACCCCCACCGGACUGGAGCUUGCCUCCGCUAACAUCCACAACCGACCUUGAACACCUUCCCUGCGCCCAGGUUCCCGGCAGUGCUAACGGCAACCAGAAAGCCCCACUGCAAAGAACGUUGUCUCCCAUUGUUCCUUAUGGAGAAACAUUCCUAUACAACAACCCAGAGAACGUACUGGACCAGGGUCCUAAAGAACUGUUUAAGAAAGAAAUCAAAGAGAAUCUCAAGCAGAAAAAGCUGAGAAAGAAGCAUGGUAAGAUCAAGGAGUCCAGGAAUAGCAACAAGACACAGGUCCCUCCACCUACUUCAACGGUCCACAACCUCUAUGAAGAUGACUACUCUAUAGUGGAAGAGUGCACCACCAGUUGGGAACUAUCCAAUCAUGCUUGGCCUAAUGCUGCUACGGCGACCCCGGAGCCCCUCCUCUCCGGCCCCCUGCCCGGCCCCGCCCUCUCCCAGGUCGUUCCCAUGACAAUGGUGGUGUGUGACCUCUACUCGGAGCCCUUUGACACGCUGGGUGGUCUGGUGAAGAAUACGUUACCCGUGUUACCCGCAGACCACGCGGAUAAUAUCUCCCCUUAUGCCUGCUUCUAUGGGGCCCCUAAGACCAAACUCAAGAUGGGGUGGCUGGACAAGCUCUCACCGCAAGGAAACUGUGUUUUUCAGAAAAGAUGGGUGAAGUUUGAUGGAGAGAACCUCUCUUAUUACAACAAUGAUAAGGAGAUGUACUCUAAAGGCCUGAUCCCGUGCAGUGUGAUGAAAGAUGUGCGAGGGCAGGGGGACAACCGCUUCGAAGUGGUCACCUCCCUCAGAACCUUCGUGUUUCGUCUGGAGAGGGAAGGGGAGCGUCAGGAGUGGAUGGAGGCUCUUCAAACGGCCAUACACUCCCCUGCCUCCAUUUCCCAGAAGCCCCAGAAGUGUGGCACCAACAAACAUGGCAGCAUGGAGCUGAGAGGGUACAAAGGCAAAGUGUACGUCUCCCUGACGGGAACCAGAUUCAAACUCUGCAAAUCAGAACAG